CUAGCUACACAUGUGAUUUAAUUUGGCUGUAUAUAUAUCUGUUCACAUGUAUUUGAGUUGUGUCGUAAGUAUGAGCAGGUUGAGCGUGCUUGUACCAAGGGCAUUGUGUUCUUCUCUUGAAAAUGAGACAUCGCAUAGGACAGGUAGAUAGGGCCGUACCGGUUCACAAGAAAAGGAUAAAGCGUUCUUUAAGCAAUGCGUUUGGCGAGCAGAAUGCAGUAUUGCCCGAGGUUGCACUGGUUCCACCUAGGGAUUCCACAGUACCUGAAGAUGGCGAUGUCACAGACCACGAAUCCGGGGUUACGCCAACUGUCUACUAUCACCUAAGAUCGCAAAUAAUAAGCAGAGAGUCUCGGAAGCGUGCUAACAGCGAUCCGAGUCACAAUUUUGCAUAUGGCUACCUAGGAUGCCAUUCGAAGUAUGAGGACAAAAGUCCAUAUUUUGGGAGGCCGUUGCAUGAAACAUUACAUACUGAGUUUCGUACUAGCCUGUUAUCUAGCAGUGCACGUCACCUAGAUUUAAAGGGGUUCAUGAACCUGGCAUUUGUGCUUUUGGUUGUUAUAAACUUCCGGGCUGUUAUGACCAAUUUCCGUAAAUACGGUUUGUUAAUGGAGUUGCCGACUGUAUACAAGUUGAUGUACGACGAUUGGCACUUAACUCGAUGUUGUAUAAAGGUACACGUAUCGAUUAUUUUUGCCUGGGGGAUUGAGAGAUUCAUUGCUCCAUUGUCCACGAAGCCGCUGACAACCCCUGUUGUAUUCCUGCAGGUAUUGAACCUAUUUAUAUUGGUUUAUUACCCCUAUUUGACUGUGGUCGUUCGUAAGACGGAGCCUGCCUUAUCUGCACUGAUGCUUGCAACAUCCGUUGUUUGGGCGUUAAAGAUAUAUUCAUUCCACCACGUAUGCUUCGACUAUCGUAGAGCCGUGUGCAAAGGCGAGGACAUAUCCGAGAUUUGCAAUAAUCGCAUGGAGGCUCGUGCUGCUGCUCAUUAUCCCGGUUGCAUCAAGUUGGUAGAGGUCUAUCGCUUCCUCUACAUGCCAACUGUAUGUUUCCAAUUUUACUAUCCUCAAACACGUCGGAUUCGUUGGAUCAAUGCUUUGAAGCAUUUUACACAGUUUGUCUUUUUACUUGCUGUAGCGAGGAUCAUUGGGGACCAGUACAUAGUGGUUACCGUGUCGAAUACAUUCACUAUGCAAGAAUUCAAAUCUGCUAACUUCUCGACUGUGGCGUACCACAUAUUCGAACGGAUGCUGCUGUUAUCUAUACCCGUCUUAUAUUGUUGGCUCACUAUGUUUGCUGUUAUAUUCCACUACUGGCUUAAUUUACUAGCUGAAUUAACACGAUUUGGCGAUCGUCGCUUCUACGGUGAUUGGUGGAAUGCAUCUAACUUUGGUGAAUACUGGCGUAAAUGGAAUUUACCCAUCCACCAAUUCAUUGUACGGCAUAUAAGCAAGCCAUUGCAUACAAUAGGCGUCCCCUGGGAGAUAACCAAGGUGGUUGUGUUCAUGUUAUCAGCUGCACUGCACGAGUACUUGAUAUCGGUGCCGCUCGGUUUGGGCUGGACUGGAUAUGUUUUCUGGGCUAUGAUGGGCCAAAUACCGCUUCUUAUGGUAACUAGAUUCACACCGAUACGUAUGGGUAGGACUACAGGGAAUGUAUUAUUUUGGUUCCUAUUCUGCUUCACUGGGCAGCCGCUGGGUGUAUUGCUCUACUGGUAUCUUUGGGGUGUUAAACAAGGAUCCUUUGUGUAAUACCUUCACGUGCACCUUUUCAGUACGAUGGGGAUCGGUGG